AUGUCGGGGACCAUGAAGUUCAAUGGCUAUGUGAGGGUGAGGAUCGGUGAGGCCGUGGGGCUGCAGCCCACUCGCUGGUCCUUGCGACACUCCCUUUUCAAGAAGGGUUACCAGCUGCUGGAUCCCUACCUGACGGUGAGCGUGGACCAGGUGCGCGUCGGCCAAACGAGCACCAAGCAGAAGACCAACAAGCCCACCUACAACGAGGAGUUCUGUACCAAUGUCACAGACGGCGGCCACAUGGAGCUAGCCGUCUUCCAUGAGACCCCUCUUGGGUAUGACCACUUCGUGGCCAACUGUACUUUGCAAUUCCAAGAACUACUGCGCACUGCGGGCACUUCUGACACCUUUGAGGGUUGGGUGGAUCUGGAGCCAGAGGGGAAAGUUUUUGUGGUCAUAACUCUUACAGGAAGUUUUACUGAAGCAACUCUCCAGAGAGACAGAAUCUUCAAGCAUUUUACUCGGAAGCGUCAGAGAGCAAUGCGAAGACGAGUUCAUCAAAUUAAUGGACAUAAGUUUAUGGCAACAUAUCUGAGACAACCUACCUACUGCUCACAUUGCAAGGAGUUCAUAUGGGGAUUAUUUGGGAAACAGGGAUAUCAAUGCCAAGUCUGCACCUGUGUUGUUCAUAAACGCUGUCAUCAUCUGAUAGUUACUGCCUGUACUUGCCAAAAUAUAAAUAAGGUGGAUACAAAGAAUUCUGAACAGAGAUUUGGAAUCAACAUUCCCCACAAAUUCAGUGUUCACAACUACAAAGUGCCCACAUUCUGUGAUCACUGUGGCUCCCUGCUUUGGGGAAUAAUGAGACAAGGACUGCAGUGUAAAAUCUGUAAAAUGAAUGUACAUAAAAGAUGCCAAGCCAAUGUGGCACCUAACUGUGGGGUGAAUGCAGUGGAGUUGGCAAAGACCUUGGCAGGAAUGGGUCUUCAACCUGGAAAUAUUUCUCCAGCUUCGAAGCUAAUUUCCAGAUCACCCCUGAAGAGACAAGGAAAAGAAAGUAUAAAAGAAGGCAAUGGUAUUGGUGUAUCCUCUUCUAACCGACUUGGUAUUGAAGAUUUUGAGUUCAUUCGAAUGUUGGGAAAGGGCAGUUUUGGAAAGGUGAUGCUUGCCAGAAUAAAAGAGACUGGCAAUCUCUAUGCUGUGAAAGUACUGAAGAAGGAUGUGAUCCUCCAGGAUGAUGAUGUAGAAUGUACAAUGACAGAGAAAAGGAUCCUGGCCCUGGCCCGAAAUCACCCCUUCCUUACCCAGUUAUUCUGCUGCUUUCAGACCCCUGAUCGCUUAUUUUUUGUGAUGGAGUUUGUGAAUGGAGGUGACUUAAUGUUCCACAUCCAGAAAUCCCGGCGUUUUGAUGAAGCACGAGCCCGCUUCUAUGCUGCAGAAAUAAUUUCUGCCCUUAUGUUUCUACAUGAGAAAGGGAUCAUUUACAGAGAUCUGAAACUGGAUAACGUAUUGUUGGACCAUGAGGGUCAUUGUAAGUUAGCCGACUUUGGAAUGUGCAAGGAAGGGAUCUGUGAUGGCAUCACCACUGCAACAUUCUGCGGCACACCUGACUACAUUGCUCCAGAGAUUCUCCAGGAAAUGCUCUAUGGUCCUGCUGUAGAUUGGUGGGCAAUGGGAGUGCUGCUUUAUGAGAUGCUAUGUGGUCAUGCUCCCUUUGAAGCUGAAAAUGAAGAUGAUCUUUUUGAAGCCAUAUUGAAUGAUGAAGUUGUUUACCCUACAUGGCUCCAUGAGGAUGCCACAGGAAUCUUAAAAGCUUUCAUGACCAAGAACCCCAACAUGCGGUUGGGAAGUGUGACUCAGGGUGGUGAGCAUACCAUCUUGAGACAUCCAUUCUUUAAAGAAAUUGACUGGGUCCAGCUGAACCAACGCCAACUAGAACCACCCUUCAGACCCAGAAUCAAAUCCCGAGAAGAUGUCAGUAAUUUUGAUCCUGACUUUAUAAGAGAGGAGCCAGUUUUAACUCCGAUUGAUGAGGGACAUCUUCCUAUGAUUAACCAGGAAGAAUUUAGAAACUUUUCCUAUGUUUCUCCGGAAUUGCAAUCAUAGCCUUAAGAGAAAAGAUGUAAAAGAUGACAGAUUUUUCUAGGAAUUCCCUUCUUAAGAAAUAUUUAGCCAUAGCCUUAUUUUAUAACAACAAUAUUACCUUAAUGUGAAGAAUGUACAGAAGAAGAAAAAGGACACCGAGGAAUGUGUGUAACACUGUCUAUGAGGUCAAAUCUAUAUAGCACUGGAAUGACUGUGGUACUCGUUUAAACAGAUGAUGCAGAAAUCAGACUAAGCGCUGAAGAAUUGGGCUCAGGAAUAGAGUGCCCAAGGAUAUUUGGGAUCUGGGGGGAAUAAGCAAUAAAAAAAAAUUUUUUUAAAGGAAGGAGCAAGACCUACAGAGAGUAUGAGCUGAGUAUCUUAGCAUUUCUGAGCCAAACAGACAUUUUACAUUGAUAUAGCAGUGGCAAAACAACCUGGCACUGCCUGCAUUUCAGACCAAUGGAACCAGCACCAGGUGGCAACUUGGGAAAAUUCAGGGAGAAAUAACAAAAAGGCUCUUACCUGCUGAUGAAGAAUUUGAUGCUCUUCUCUUCCAAGGGACUAAAUGGCUUUCUUUCUGACUACAGAGCUACCAUGUAAAAUACUUUCCCGUGCCGAAGUAUAGCAAAUAAAAGCAAAAACCCAAUGAAGCAACAAAGAGGAAACAAACACUUCACCCUCAUUACUGUACUAGCGAAGACAAGGUUCUAUUAAUUGUUCUAUUUGUGAAAUAUGAGAUUUUUGUCUGCAUUCUGUGAAAUGCCUUUAAAUGAAUGAUGCAUCUUUAUCCUGAAUCCACCUUUGUUUGCAUGCCCACUGUUUGCCCCUGGAAGGAUUGGGCUCUCUUCAGAAUAGGGCAAGGAGUAAGGAAGGGAGCUCGGCAUUGGCAGGUGCAUGCAAACAAAGAAAUUAGGCCUUAGGCUCCCGCUUACUUGUACGUCUACUUAGCUGGCUGUAAAAACGUGUUUGUGUCCACGAGUGAGGGUGGAUUAUGUGUGCAAUGGCCCAACCUGUACUGUUAGUGCUAGUAGUAUACUUUUGUUGUUUAUUUAAAUUAUAGUUUCAAUUUGAGAUGUGCAUUCAGACUAAAUAGGCCAUUACAGUUUAAAUAAAGAGAUGCUGGAACUAUUUGUGAGGA